UUCACUCACUCACUCGCCCACUCGCCAGUCGCAUCCCUCAGUACCUCCUGAGCGUCUGUUAGGAGAGGUUGGUCACGCAGUUAGCCUCCCACGCGUCAGUGACAGAUGCGAGGCUCCACCACCACAGGGAAACACUUGUCGUAGUGGUGGUAGUUACUGUGAGUGGUGAAGCGAGAGUGGCGGAGGGUCUUGUCUUGUAGUGGUGAGGAGGUGCUGUACCAUGGUAGUGCUACAGCCUAGUAAGGAGAAGGUUGAGCCUCAAGCGUGGGCGAGCCAGGAGGGCGUUGUCCAUCCUGGGAGACAACGACUCCAAGCGUAACCUCCAGAUGGCUGAAUCCCUCCUCACCAUCUCCGCCGAGGACUUCACCAAAAAGUGGAAUUUUGACCCCAUCAUGGGCGUCCCUCUGCACUCAGGACGCUUCAACUGGACGCCUACUGAUCCUGAAGGUGGCGCGGCAGGUGGCGAUCAGCGGCAAAACGAUCUGAACACCUGUCUCACUUUACCUGUAAACGACCUCUCGGUGAGUCUUAGUGGGGUGAGUGACCUGCACAGGUGUCCGGGGAACAUCUGUCCUCACACACCUGUCGGGGCCGGCGGCGGGGCGUCACGCUGCCGCCACCUGCCACCUGACCUCCCUCGCUCCCAGCUCCCGACCGAGAAUGACAAACAAACAACCGAAGAAAACUGUCAGCGAAGUGAAGACAACAGCCAGCAAGACAAACAGACAGCAGAGGAAGACAAGCAGCUGCGUGUGAAAGACAGUCCGGGGGCAGCAGACGCACAGACAGGUGGAGACAACAGCCAGCAUGUUAACUCACAGACAGCCCAAGGAGACAGCCAGGGACAACCAGCUGAGAGCGACAGACAGACAGUUGGUGUGGAGGUGGAGGGAGAAGGAGACGCCGCAGUGGAGGAGGAGGUCCCGUCACCACCUCCACACACCUCCAGACUCCGCCAGACCAGCAUCACAGAUUACGUGAGACCUCAGAAGACCUUGGCAGCCAGCAGCAGUCCCCUAGCAGGAGAGACACACCACCACCACCACACACAGCUCACCAAGAAGCGUCCUGCGCCCUCCAGCCUCCAGGACCACCUCCACCAACCUCCUCACAAGAAGGUCCUCCUCCAACUUCGAGCAUGAGGGCCAAGUUGUAGUAGAGGUUUGGUGUCAAGGAGGAGGAACUUCAAGAAACGUCCUCCUCCAACUUGUAGAAGAUUAUUGUGUUGAGGAACUUCAUUUAGACUCCAGGAGAUUGUGGUGGAUGUUGUUGGCGGUGUACUGUACAUUAAGCACAUCUUAGUACUGUGCAGGUAACUGUCUAGAAGAAUGCUAUAUGUUGUGUACACUAUAGCACAUCCUAGUACACUACAGAGAGAGAGAGAGAUGUGUUGCCUCAGAUCACAGGAAGUUACACAAUUUAAAAGGAAAUAAUUUGGGUAUUCCAAGUUCAGUUGUUUUGUUUCUUUAAUUGUGUAAACAAGAUG